AUGUCGGAAAAGCCUUGCUCUAUUACUAUCGGCACACAUAAACGGCCGGUUAUUCGCAGGCCGACAACAACCUAUAGGAAUAAUGUAUCUGCAUCUCAGCCGAUAUCUAUUUCUGCUAAAAGUUCAUUGACAAAAUUAUCAAGAACUUCAUCAACCGCUUCUAUCAAGAAUCGACAGCCACAACCCGAACAACAACAAGUUAAAACAGCUGCUUCAACAUUAGAUGAUCAGGAAUGUAUCAAUAUAAGAAAUAACGUUAUGCAGACAGGUGACUUAAGUCAAGUUUCUGAUCAAGAUUUAACGAAACUACACUCUCACUUACGCGAAUACGUUGCUGAUUGUUCGAUGAACGAACAAUAUGAUGAAGCUCAAAAAGCUUAUAACCUUGCUGAGCUUUCAAAGCAAGAAAUUCAAACUAGAAGUAAGUCUGCACUUCCAUCUGAACGUUCUGUCCAGUCAACAUCUCAACAAAGAGAAGAAAUUGAAAAAGAUUAUCAACAAAAGAUUCAAGACUUAAAUCAGAGACUCGAUCAGAAAAUACAGACUCUUCAAGAAAAGCACAAGCAAGAAACAGAACAGUUCGAGAAUGUUUGGAUUGAAGAAAUGCCGCGUAAAUACAGAAAACCGAGCCAAAAGCUCUUAGAACUUAAAGAAAUGGAGCGCAACUUGGCUUUGGCAAACAAUUUCGAUGGAGCAAAGCGUAUCCAUUCUGAAGUUCAAGCUCUUGCUGAUAUCGAAACUCAAAACGCUCAAAGAGCUCUCGUAAAAGACUACAGGACAUACAAGAAGCAAAUGGAGAAAAGAAUGGAAAGAGACCUAGAUAACAUAGAAAACAUCAGACAAAGGCAAACAACCUUCUUAGAGACACAAAAAGAAAAAAGAUUAGAUGAAUUAGCAAAUAGAGACAAAGUUUUACAACAAAAGAAGUCAGAAAGCGAACAUGAAAAGUCAUCAAGCCAAUCAUUACAAAUUGCUCCUACUUACGCCGGUUCAAGAAAAAGAGAUUCAAUUCAUAAGAAUUUGUUAGGAGAAUUGAAGCCUCCAAAUGAUAAAUCAAUUCUUGAACAAGAGCGCAAGGAAAACAAUGAAAGAAAACGUCGUCAGGCUGAAUUCCAAAAGAAAUUGAAUUUCUCCAAGAAGAGUCCAGAAAAACAAGAAAACCUCGAAUCAUAUAAGAAUAUUACAGCUCCUUCUCCAAAGACAUUCAACGAAGAAGUUAUGGAAGUUGAAGAAAAAAUUAGAGAAUCUCAUAACGACCAAGACAACGAACAAAACCAGGAACAACAACAAGAGCAACCACAAGAACAAAACGGACAACCACCACAGCAACAAAACGAACAAAUACAAAAUGAAAAUCAACAAAACGAGAAUAACGAACCACAGAACCAACAAGAACCUCCACCUCAGAAUACUGGUCAAGUAUCCCUUGGCGCUUCCCUCCGUCAAGCCGUUGAGGAACGUUUAGAAGAUAAUGACCCAGAAAAAGACGGAUUUCAUAAAUCCCAAGAAACUCAAAUCUAA